UGGCGGCUCCGGCAUUCGGUGACCGUAGUCAUUAAACCUCGCAUUGUGGUUGUCACCUUUGGCCCUCGGAGACAUGGCGAGGAGCGUGGAGUCGCUGAAGCGGGACCCGAGGUUCGGGGUCGACUCCCGCUGGAGCUGGGUGACGGCGGGGUUCCUGAGUUUGGUUCUGUGCGGAGCCCUAAUGGGUCAGCAGGCGGCGGGAGUCAUCUUCUACGGCAUCAUCGAAGCCUUCGGCGUCACCAGGCAGCAGGCUUCGUGGCCACCGGUCGUCAGUGGCAGCCUCCUCGCCUUGGCAGCCCCCAUCAUGGGAUACUUGUGCAGGCGUUUCUCGUGUCGGGCCGUGCUGCUCGUCUGCCCACUGGUCGCCAGCGCUUCCGCCUGCAUCUGCUUCUUCGCUAACGACGUCCUCUUCCUCGUCGUUGCCUUCGGCGUCGUCCAUGGCACGGCGGUGUCUGGCGUAUAUGUCGCAGUGAACGUGCUGGUAUCGCAACACUUUGAGAAGCGCAGAACCACCGCUUGCUGCAUGAUAUUCCUGAUGAGCGGCCUCAACCUGAUCUACGUUCCACCACUGACCGAGCUGCUGCGUUCCACGUACGGUCUGAGAGGCAUGCUCCUUCUUCUGGGCGGAAUCAUACUGAAUGCCUGUCCAGCAGUCAUCGUCCUCCGAGGCCCCGCCUGGAUGGAUCGACCAGACGCACCUUCCGCCGGCAACGGCGUUGAACUCGCCAAGCACAAAACAGCAGUCGGGAAUUCGCAUUCGAGCGCAUUCCGCGACGAAAGCGGGACAGCGGCGGAAAAAGGUCAUACGGAGCGAUGCCUGUCGAACACCAGCCUUACUGAAGUUCGGAGUGUUCGAAAUGGCACAAAACACGUGAUCCUGUGCAACAUACACCCAGAAUCCGCGAAGACUACACAGUUCAGCGAAGUGGACAACGAAGGCUACUUUUCUGCACUAAGGCCAUUCGCUACGGUUGCCUUCGCCAUCAACGCUGCGUCCUUCAGUGUAGUGGUGUUCGGACUAACGACGUUUUUUCUACUUCACGUCGACAUGGCCGUCGACAGAGGAGUCACGCCCGCGCGUGCGGUGCUUCUCAUGAACGCCUUCGCCGCCGGCGACCUCCUCGUGAGACCCGCCAGUGGCGCUGUCAUCGACGCGGGACUGCUGAGCCUCGAUGUGGUGAUGCUUCUGGGUUACGUGAUUCAGGGCUGCGCCUUCGAACUGUUCGUGUGGCUUCGAAGCUUCCCGCUCAUGCUGGUCUGUUCGGCUCUGAUAGGAGUCAGCAACGGAAGUCGCAUCGCGCUGCAGGCGCCAUCACUCACCAGAGACUUUGGAGUGGAACCACUGCCUAUCUUGAUGGGCGGACUGGUGUUCUGCCAGGGAUUUGUACACCUAACGAGGCCCUUCUUGUUCGGUUACUACCGAGAUGGCCAGGGGUCGUACAACGGCAUUUUCCACGUUGUGGCUGUCUUAAAUGCUGCACUAGUAUUCGUUUGGUUAGUGAGGGUUAUCUUGAGGAGGCGCACAACGAAAAGGAGAACACAUAUGGCCACUAGGCUCUAAAACAAAAUAGUAACUGCUGAUCAGCUGCAGUUUCGGUAGCUUGGAAGCACGUACGUGUGGCUCAAGGUUUUACGUACCAGGACGUUGCACCAAUUUCCAAGUACAACUCGGUCCACAAGUUAGUCCCAAGGUGACAGUAGAGCAACAUGCUUAAAUACUACAACCGUUUAUUAUCCUAAUUGCGGCAUCAUCUACAUAUUUUUGUAGAUUUUCGGCACCUUUAUUUGUGACGUAAAUAAAGUACACAGCCGGUCUGAGACACCUCA